AUGCAAUAUACCACGGAACAACCUAUUAUAACUAGUCAAUACUCCACCGAACAAUCAUCAACAACACCGCAAUAUUCAGAAGAAUCUUUUACAAUUCCACAGCAAACAACAGAACAACUGAUGACAAUUGAACAAUAUGCCACAACACAGCCUACUACAACUAAUCAGUAUUUCACCGAACAGCAAUCGACAACCACACAGUAUUCAAUGCAACAAUCUUCUACAACUACUCAGUAUUCAACAGAAUAUUCAACCACUGAGGAACAAUUUUCAACAACUCAACAAUAUUCCACGGAACAGCCACAAAUAACAAUACAAUAUUCCACAGAAUCAUAUUCAACAAUGGUACCAUACUCUACAGAUCUAGAACAAUCUACCACCGAGUUAUAUCCCACAUUAAAAACCCCUAUAAAUACUACAGGACAGACAUCUUGCGACCAAACGAUCACCAAUGAUACCAAAUGCAAAACGCACGAUGACUGUCUCUCUCAAUUGGCCUGCAUAAGUCAACAGUGUCUGAACCCGUGCACUGUCCACAAUCCUUGCGACUUCGUGGAAGUCUGUCAUGUUCAAGAUCACAGACCUGUUUGUGUGAAAGCGGGUUGCACUAGCGACAAAGAUUGUCCGCUGACUGAGGCAUGCAUUGAGGGCACUUGCCAGGAACCUUGCCCCGUUUGGAAUCCUUGCACCAAAAACGCGAUCUGCGUUAACACGAAUCAUCAAGCGGAGUGCAGCUGCGAGGAUGGCUAUUACGGAAAUGGAUUCUCUUACUGUGAACCAGAAGAGGAAGGUAGAAACAUAUGUCAAUAUAAUGAAGACUGCCCACCGACUAAGUAUUGUGAUCGUCUUAACCGAAAGUGCAUCGAUCCAUGUUUGGAGAACGACUGUGGUACAAACGCUAAUUGUUAUCCAGAGAACCAUCAAGCUCAAUGUAAAUGUUUGCCUGGAUUCCAAGGAAAUCCUCACAUUGAAUGCACGCUAACGAGUACCAAUCCAUGUGUUCCAAAUCCUUGUGGAUUAGACGCCAUGUGCGAGAAUGAUAAUGGCAAUCCUAUAUGCUUCUGCCCGAAAGGAUUGACUGGAAAUCCCUUCGAGCAAUGCAUACCAGAGGGUGAUCAAUGCCAAGAAAAUCCAUGUGGCAUUAAUUCUGGAUGUCGAGUGCUGUCAGGACAAGUGAGAUGUUUCUGUUUGCCAGGAUACGAAGGAAAUCCACCUAAUUCACCUUGCAUUCUUCCUAGUAAUCCUUGUGAACCAUCUCCAUGUGGACCUAACACUCAAUGUACAAUAUUGAAAAACGGUGUUGCGAAAUGUACUUGCUUACCAGGGUACAUCGAGAGUCCAAAUACAAUUAGAGGAUGCGUACCUAAAUCUGAUCAGUGUAAUCCUAAUCCUUGUGGGCUUGGUGCUAAGUGUGACUCGGAUAGAGUGCCUCCUUGCUACUGUCCGAAGAACACUGUUGGAAAUCCUUAUCAAAGUUGCACUGCAUUUCCACCAGAUGUACUCUCACCAUGUGUGCUGGUACCUUGUGGGAAAAAUGCAGUUUGUGUGGAAGAACAUGGUAUACCAAAAUGCAAGUGUAUUCCACCAUUUAUUGGAAAUCCAUAUAUGGACGGUUGCGAGCCGGAAUGUAUUGUGAAUCAAGAUUGCGACAAUCAUCUUGCCUGCUUCAAUCAGCAUUGUAGAGAUCCUUGUCCAGGUGUUUGUGGUGCCAAUGCAAAAUGCGAAGUAAUGAACCAUGUUCCGGUUUGUUCUUGUUUACCUGGCUAUAGUGGAGAUCCGUUUAAUUCUUGCAAAUUGGAGACAACUCCUCUUCCAUCUCAGAAUCCUUGCAUGCCAUCACCUUGUGGACCGCAUAGCAUUUGUCGAGUGAUGAACGAUCGUGCAGUUUGUUCGUGCAGUCCAGGAUACCAUGGAACAUCGCCAAAUUGUCGUCCAGAAUGUUUAGUUAGCUCAGAGUGUCCUGUACAUUUGGCUUGUAUUGGUCAAAAAUGUGGAGAUCCUUGUCCUGGUCUCUGUGGACAGAACGCUUUGUGUCAGGUCAUCAAUCAUAAUCCGAUUUGCAGUUGUCCUCCGGAUUAUCUUGGCGAUCCCUUCAGUCAAUGUGUCAAAGAAGACAUACCACUGCCAGGACCAAAGAAUCCUUGUCUACCAUCACCUUGUGGCCCGAACGCCGAAUGUCGCGUGCAGGAAGAUCAUCCAGUUUGCACGUGUAUCAGUGGAAUGUUCGGAGCACCACCGUUUUGCAGACCAGAGUGUCUGAUUCAUCAAGACUGUCCAAAUUAUCUCGCUUGUGUUCAAAAGAAAUGCGUGGAUCCGUGUGCUGGUUCAUGUGGAUUUAAUACCAACUGUACGGUUCAGAAUCAUCGACCUAUGUGUCAAUGUAACGACGGUUAUGAAGGAGACCCAUUCUCUGGAUGUAGCAAAGUUGUUUUCCCAGUGCCACUGCCAUGCGAUCCAUCUCCGUGUGGUGCAAAUGCAGUUUGCAAGGAACGAAACGGAGCUGGCUCGUGUACCUGCUUACCCGACUAUACUGGAGAUCCUUACCAGGGAUGUAGACCAGAAUGUGUUCAAAAUUCCGACUGUGUUCUUACCAAAGCUUGUAUAAACAACAAAUGCAAGGAUCCAUGCGUGGGUGCUUGCGGUAUAAACGCUCAGUGCCAAGUGAUCAAUCAUCAGCCAUCGUGUAGCUGUCUUUCUGGCUACACUGGAGAUCCAUUGAAAUCCUGCCAUAUAUUGCCUGUGACACCACUGCCAGGUGAUCCAUGCCAACCAUCACCCUGCGGACCGUAUAGUAAUUGUCGCGUGAUCGACAAUCAUGCAGUUUGUUCCUGUCAGCCAGAUUAUGUUGGUAGUCCUCCACAGUGUAGACCAGAAUGUGUUGUCAGCACAGAUUGCACUCAGAACAUGGCUUGCAUCGAUCAGAAGUGCAGAGAUCCUUGUUCUGGCACUUGUGGACAAAAUGCUGAUUGUCAGGUUAUCAACCAUAAUCCUGUGUGCAGUUGCAUGUCUGGAUAUACUGGAGAUCCAUUCUUUGGAUGCGUUAGCGAAGUGGAAUCUAAACAGCCUGGGCCAGAACCAAGUGGAAAUCCAUGCAUUCCAUCACCUUGUGGACCAAAUUCUCAGUGUCGUGUGAUUGAUGGAUUCCCAGCGUGUUCCUGUUUAUUGAAUUAUGUAGGCAGAGCUCCAAAUUGUCGACCAGAAUGUGUCAUCAACGAAGGAUGUCCUGGAAAUCUUGCAUGUCAGAACGAACAGUGUGUCGAUCCUUGUCCUGGCUCGUGUGGUGUGAACACUUUCUGUAAUGUUGUCAAGCACAAUCCAGUCUGCAUUUGCAACACUGGAUACACUGGAAAUCCAUUCACCGAAUGCGUACCCAUUGUGGAAGUACCCACAACCACGGAACAACCACGCACACCAUGCAACCCAUCUCCAUGUGGAGCGAAUGCUAUUUGUAACGAGCGAAGCGGCGUUGGCUCAUGCACCUGUCUUCCAGAAUACAUUGGCGAUCCCUACACAGGAUGUCGACCAGAAUGCGUGACAAACACCGAUUGUGACCGUAGCAAAGCCUGUCUAAACAACAAAUGUGUGAACCCAUGUCCAGGCACUUGUGGCCAAGGAGCAACUUGUCGCGUAAUAAACCACGCUCCGUCUUGUUCCUGCCUUCCUGGUUACACCGGAGAUCCUUUCAACGCUUGUACACCGUCAGAAACGCUACGGAAACCAGAACCAGUAAAUCCUUGCGAACCAUCACCUUGUGGCCCAAACAGCAAUUGUCGCGUUCACAAUGGACACGCUGUGUGCCUUUGUCAAUUAGGAUUCGUCGGUGUGCCUCCAACUUGUCGUCCAGAGUGCACAGUGAGCUCAGAAUGUUCUCAGAAUAAAGCGUGUAUCGGGAACAAGUGCGCAGAUCCUUGUCCAGGUUCUUGCGGACUGAACACCAAAUGCCUGACAGUGAAUCAUAAUCCUAUUUGCACUUGCACAACUGGAUACACUGGAAAUCCAUUGGUUCAGUGUACUAAAUUCAACGUGUCCCAACCUGGAAAUCCGUGUUCUCCAAAUCCAUGUGGGCCGAAUUCUCAAUGCAGAGUUAUUGGAUCUCAACCUGCGUGCUCUUGUUUGUUGAACUUCAUCGGACGUCCACCGAAUUGCAGACCAGAGUGCGUUGACAAUUCAGAUUGUUUCCACUCGGCCGCGUGUAUUAAUCAGAGGUGUAAAAAUCCUUGUCCUGGAGCCUGUGGAGAAUUGGCUAGAUGUACUGUGCAGAAUCAUGUGCCUAUUUGCACUUGUCCCGAAGGAUAUGAGGGUGACGCUACUGUUCGAUGUAUUCUGGCACCACUUCCAACAACAGACAUAAGCAUAACAAAUCCAUGUUCUCCAAAUCCAUGUGGUCCGAAUGCUCAGUGUCGCGAAAGAAACGGUGCAGGAGCUUGUGCGUGUUCACUAGAUCUUAUCGGAGAUCCUUAUGACAACGUAAAAGGAUGUCACAGAGAAUGUGAAUCGAACAACGACUGUGCUCCGCAAUUGGCUUGCGUUGGUUUCAAGUGUUCCGAUCCUUGUCCAAGCACUUGUGGUACACUAUCCAUCUGUAAUGUUCAAGAGCAUGUUCCAGUGUGUACUUGUCCUCCAGGAUAUACGGGAGAUCCAUACUUUGCUUGCGAAAUUAAAGAAAUGACGAGAGUGCCACCAUCAGAUCCAUGUUCACCAUCACCAUGUGGACCUAAUAGUAAAUGUCGCGAGGUGAAUGGUCAAGCAGUUUGCACGUGUCUCCCAGAAUACAGAGGAAUUCCACCGAAUUGUAGACCAACCUGUGUGGUCAAUGCUGAAUGUCCACCUCGUUUGGCUUGUUUAAAUAGAAAGUGCGCGGAUCCAUGUCCAAACACCUGUGGAUUAAGAGCACUAUGUACUACCAAGAAUCAUAAUCCGAUUUGCACCUGUCCUGUUGGAUUUACGGGUGAUCCUUUCUCUCAGUGCUCGCCUGCUCAAGACGUUCCAUCGACCACGGAACGACCACCAUCGUGCACUCCAUCUCCUUGUGGACCAAAUUCCCUGUGCCAGAUCAUAUCAGGCAGUCCAGCGUGCUCUUGCUUACCAAAUUACAUCGGUGUUCCUCCAGAAUGCAGACCAGAGUGCAUUCUAAGCUCCGAAUGCAAGAGUCAUCUUGCUUGUGUGAACCAGAAAUGUCAAGAUCCUUGUCCAGGUUCUUGUGGCGUCAAUGCUCAAUGUCAUGUAUUGAAUCACAUUCCUGUUUGCACUUGCAUGGAUGGUUUCACUGGUGAUCCAUUUACGCAGUGCAGAGUAACUCCACCAGUAACUGUACCAACUAUAAGUGAUCUAUGCAGUCCAUCGCCUUGUGGACCGAACGCUGUAUGUAAAAAUGGAGAUUGCGAGUGUUUACCGGAAUACAUUGGUAAUCCAUACGAAGCUUGUCGACCAGAAUGUAUCCUCAAUUCGGAAUGUCCACGUGACAAGACUUGUCUGAAGAAUAAAUGCAAAGAUCCUUGCCCUGGGACAUGCGGUCAAAACGCAGUGUGCGAUAUCGUGAAUCACAUUCCUGUAUGUUCUUGCAUACCUGGAUAUAUUGGGGAUCCGUUCGUUAGUUGUCGUAUUCAACCUCAAGUUCCAGAAGCAAAGAAGGAUCCUUGCUUGCCUGUUUCACCGUGUGGACCAAACAGCCAAUGUCGUAACAUCGAGGACCACGCAGUGUGUUCUUGUCUUCAAGGAUACCUUGGAUCACCACCUUCGUGCAGACCAGAAUGUGUGGUCAGUACAGAAUGCCCUCCGACUCGUGCGUGCGUGAACAAAAAGUGCACGGAUCCUUGCUUGGGUUCUUGUGGUUUGAAUGCUAGAUGUGAAGUGAUCAAUCACUCACCAAUCUGCAGUUGUCUUCCUGGACAGACUGGAGAUCCAUUCAAGAGCUGCUACGAUAUUCCAAUUUCACCAGAUGUGAAAGACACGGGAGAUCCUUGCAAUCCAUCACCAUGCGGUCCAAAUGCUCAAUGCCAAAACGUGAAUGGUUAUCCAUCCUGUUCUUGUCUUCCAACCUAUAUCGGAACUCCACCAUCUUGUCGUCCGGAGUGUCUUAUAAAUCCUGAUUGUCCAUCAGAUAAAGCUUGCGUAAAUUCAAAAUGCAUGGAUCCUUGUCCAGGAUCUUGUGCCGAGAAUGCCAGAUGUUUGGUAGUCAAUCAUGCUGUCACUUGCUCUUGUCCACCUGAUUACACAGGAAAUCCUUUCGUUCAGUGUGUCGAAAUAGAACAGGAGCCAAUUAACCCAUGUGAGCCUUCGCCUUGUGGUCCAAACGCGAUCUGCCAACAACGUGAUAAUGUCGGUGCGUGUAUCUGCAUCGACGAUUAUCACGGAAAUCCUUACGAAGGCUGUCAACCGGAAUGCAUUCUCAGUUCAGAUUGUCCAACGAACAAAGCCUGCGUUCAAAACAAAUGUGAAGAUCCGUGUCCAGGAAUAUGUGGCAUCCAAGCUCAGUGUUCCGUCAUCAAUCAUAUUCCUACAUGCACUUGUCAACCAGGCUACGUAGGAGAUCCUUUCAGCAUUUGCAAUUUACCAAUCAGUCGAGACACCGAGCCUACAGUAAUUGAUCCUUGUAGUCCUUCGCCUUGUGGACCUAAUAGUUUGUGCAGAGCACUGAAAAAUCAAGCUGUGUGUACUUGUCAGGAGUCGUUCGUUGGUUCUCCACCUAAUUGUAAACCUGAGUGUGUCGUGAAUUCUGAGUGUCCUCAAAAUAGAGCUUGUUAUAAAUAUAAAUGUAAUGAUCCCUGCCCAGGAACAUGUGGCGUGGGAGCUAAUUGUCGCGUAAUUAAUCACAAUCCGCUAUGCAGCUGUCCUCAAGGUACUACGGGAGAUCCUUUCUCCAGGUGCUAUCCUCAGACAAUCACACCACCACCACCAGUGGGUGAUUCUUGCACCCCAAGUCCAUGCGGACUCUACGCAGAAUGCAGAGCAAUUGGCGAUCAAGCUGCUUGUUCCUGUCUAAAGAACUACAUAGGAUUACCACCAAACUGUCGACCAGAGUGUGUCGUUAACACAGAUUGUCCUUCGAAUCAAGCUUGCAUUUCAGAAAAAUGCAGGGAUCCUUGCAUCGGAUCAUGCGGACAAAAUGCAGAUUGCAGAGUACAGAAUCAUAUCCCUGUCUGUCUAUGUCAACCUGGAUACACUGGUGAUCCCUUCACGCUGUGCUCACAGAUAAUAGAACAACCAAAACCAGAAGAUCUAUGCAAUCCAUCUCCCUGUGGACCAAACGCAGAUUGCAAAGAAGGAAUCUGCACAUGUCUUCCAAACUACUUUGGCGAUCCAUAUUCGUAUUGUCGUCCAGAGUGCACUAUGAACUCAGACUGCUCUCGAGUAAAGGCUUGUGUCAAUCAAUUUUGCGUGGAUCCUUGCAUUGGCACGUGUGGAACUAAUGCAAAAUGCGACGUGGUUAAUCACAUCCCUAUGUGCAGCUGUCUUCCUGGUACCACUGGAGAUCCAUUCACACUAUGUCGACCACAAGUAUCUGAAGAGCCAAGAAGACAACCAUGUACACCAUCACCCUGUGGUCCAAACAGCAUUUGCAAAGUAGUGAAUGAUCACGCAGUCUGUUCUUGUCAAACUGGUUUUAUCAGCGGCCCUCCUACAUGCAGACCAGAGUGUGUAGUGAGUGCAGAGUGUCCUUUGACUCAAGCGUGUCUCGCGAACAAAUGUCAAGAUCCUUGUCCAGGAACUUGCGGUCAGAACACCAAAUGUCAAGUGGUCAAUCAUAAUCCAAUAUGCAGUUGCUCAGAGGGAUACACUGGCGAUCCUUUCACUAGAUGUUACAUCAUGCCCAAGCAACCACCAAUACCAACGAAUCCGUGCCAACCAUCCCCGUGCGGUCCGAACGCGGAGUGUCAAGUGCGUGGCGAUAGUGCAGCGUGUUCGUGCAUCGAGAAUUACAUCGGUGUUCCGCCAAAUUGCAGGCCUCAGUGUACAAUUAAUCCCGAGUGUCCGCCACAUUUGGCGUGUAUGCAACAAAAGUGUCGCGAUCCGUGUGUCGGUCUGUGCGGUUUGAACGCACAGUGUUCGGUGGUGAAUCAUCAUGCAGUGUGUGCUUGUGUCGAUGAUUACAGCGGAAAUCCGUUCAGCGUUUGCGAGGUGAUCACCAAGGAUACACCCUUAGAUGUUAGGAAACCGUGCGAGCCAUUCCCUUGUGGUAUCAACGCGAUCUGUCGCGAGAACAAUGGCAUCGGUUCCUGUUCCUGUCUGCCAGACUACGUUGGUGACCCAUACGAAGGAUGCAGACCCGAAUGUACCCAAAAUCCCGAUUGCUCCAAGACGAUGGCCUGUAUAAGCCUCAAGUGCAGAGAUCCCUGUCCAGGAACCUGCGGAUUGCAAGCCCGUUGCGAAACGAUUAAUCAUAUACCUGUGUGUUCUUGUAAUCCCGGGUACACAGGCAAUCCGUUCACGUAUUGCUCCCCGAUCUCUGUUGCUCCAACCCUCGUAGAGUCAGACCCCUGUAGUCCGUCACCAUGCGGACCAAAUAGCCAAUGUCGAAACGUGAACGACCAUGCUGUGUGCACCUGUCUGGCGAAUUUCAUUGGAACCCCACCAACCUGCCGACCCGAAUGCGUGGUAAACACCGAGUGCUCGAGGGAACUUGCAUGUAUUAAUCAGAAAUGCGGUACCCCGUGCGUGAACUCGUGUGGUAUCAACACGCAAUGCAAAGUGAUCAACCACAGCCCCAUAUGCAUCUGCAAUAUUGGAUACACCGAAUCGCCCCAGAAAGACAUUGACCUCGUACCUAAAGACCCGUGUGUGCCAUCACCUUGCGGCAUGUACGGAGAAUGCAGGAACAUCGGUGGUACAGCUUCUUGUUCCUGUCUGCCGAGAUACGUCGGAUCCCCACCGACCUGUCGACCAGAAUGUCGAGUGAACUCAGAUUGUCCCAUGAAUCUUGCCUGUUCAAACGAAAGAUGCAGAGAUCCUUGUCAAGGAUCCUGUGGUGUCACGUCCCUGUGCACGGUUUAUAACCACGUGCCUGUGUGCACCUGUCCCGAAGGAUACACUGGAGACCCUUUCAGCAAUUGCCACCCUGCACCCGUUAGACCAACUGAACCAACCAUAGUUGAUCCCUGUGCAUCGUCACCUUGUGGACCUAAUGCACGUUGCGACGAUGGAAUUUGUACAUGUUUGCCAGAGUAUCAGGGAGAUCCUUACGUUGCUUGUCGACCAGAGUGUGUGCUGAACACAGAUUGUUCACAAAACAGAGCUUGUUUAAGGAACAAGUGUGUCGAUCCCUGUCCUGGCACAUGCGGUCGAAAUGCACAGUGUUUGGUAUUUAAUCAUGUGCCCAUGUGCAGCUGUCCCAGUGGAAUGGUUGGAAAUGCAUUUGUUCAAUGCACUGUCCUUCAAGGUACUACUCCAAUGGAAUUUAUUUUUGCUAUCUUUAGUUCAUAUCUUUAUAUCGUAAAUGGCCACAAUAAAUUAGAUAGCGUUAUACUAAUUUGCCACGUUAUAAUUAAUAUUUGUAACACUAAACUGACUUAUCAUGGUACUUCUCUGAAUAUCUACGAUACUGUGAUAAUGAUAGAUACCGUAAAGAGGAAUCCCUGUUCGCCUACGCCAUGUGGACCAAACAGUGUUUGUCGGCAAAUCAAUGAACAACCAGUUUGCUCCUGCGUGUCAGGAUUUCUGGGUGCACCACCAACUUGUAGACCAGAGUGCACAGUCAGUUCUGACUGUCCUUUAUCAGAAGCUUGUAGUAAUCAGAAAUGUAUUAACCCUUGUCCUGGUUCAUGUGGCUUUAGGGCCACCUGCAACGUCGUCAAUCACAAUCCUAUAUGCAGCUGUCCGUCAGGCCUCACUGGUGAUCCAUUUGUUCAGUGUAUUCCACGACCACCUGAGCCACAAGUACCACAGAACCCAUGCGAACCAUCCCCAUGUGGACCCAAUUCCGAGUGUAGAGUCGUCAACGAUGCUCCCUCUUGUUCUUGUUCAUCGGAAUUCAUAGGCACUCCACCAAAUUGUAGACCUGAGUGUGUCAGUAAUAGUGAAUGUCCAAGUAAUAUGGCUUGUAUGAAUCAGAAAUGUAAAGAUCCUUGUCCUGGAUCUUGUGGAGCUAAUGCUGAAUGUCGGGUUGUCAGUCAUACGCCUAUGUGUGUCUGCCCUAGCGAUUAUACAGGAGAUCCCUUUACUCAAUGUACACCCAGACCACCUGUCCCAUUCAAUAUUUCUCCGUGCACCCCAUCGCCGUGUGGUUUCAACGCUAUAUGCAAAGAACAAAACGGCGUAGGUUCAUGUACCUGUUCGCCUGAUUAUAUUGGCAACCCCUAUGAAGGAUGCCGCCCUGAAUGUGUCAUUGACACAGACUGUCCAUCAGCAUUAAGUUGCAUUCGCUCUAAAUGCCAAGACCCCUGUCCAGGAACCUGUGGCAUAAACGCAGAGUGCAGCGUUAUCAAUCAUCGUCCUGCUUGCACGUGUAUUCAAGGAUACAGUGGAAAUCCAUUCCAAUACUGCAUCUUGAUGCGUGAAAUAGAAGAUGAUAUAUACAAGGAUCCGUGCAACCCAUCACCUUGUGGACCAAAUAGUCAAUGUCGCGUAGUAAAUGGUCAAGGAGUUUGCUCCUGUCUGCCAGAAUUCACUGGCGUUCCUCCUAUGUGUCGUCCUGAAUGUACUGUGAACUCAGAGUGUCCUCAAGAUCGCGCGUGCAUUAAUCAGAAAUGUGUGAAUCCAUGUCCAGCUUCUUGUGGCACGUUCGCCACUUGUGUAAUAAGAAAUCACAGUCCAAUUUGCGCAUGCAGAGAAUCAUACACCGGAGAUCCUUUCACUAGAUGUUUCCCCGUUCCACCUAAGUUGAUUUCUGAUAUCAUGAUUGCCCUUUUAGAAGCAUCGCCACCUGCAGCAGUUGAAGUUUCACAAUCCUGUUUGCCUUCUCCUUGUGGACCAAAUUCUGAAUGUCGUAUAAUGAAUGGUGGUCCAUCCUGUCAGUGUCUACCUUCUUAUAUUGGAAGUCCACCAAAUUGUCGUCCAGAGUGUACAGUGAACUCUGACUGUUCCCCUAAUCAAGCUUGUAUGAGACAAAAAUGCAGAGAUCCUUGUCCAGGUUCUUGCGGUUUCAAUGCACAGUGUAUGGCGUUGAACCAUGUCCCUAUGUGUUCCUGUUUGGACGGAUACACUGGGGAUCCAUUUAACAGUUGCAAUCUUGCUCCUGUUAGACCAAUUGAACCAACAGUAGUUGAUCCAUGUGCAUUAUCACCCUGUGGCCCCAAUGCACGUUGCGACAAUGGAAUUUGCACAUGUUUAUCAGAGUAUCAGGGAGAUCCUUAUGUUAGUUGUCGUCCAGAAUGCGUACUGAAUACUGAUUGUCCUCAAAAUAGGGCUUGUCUGAGAAAUAAAUGUAUCGACCCUUGCCCUGGUACAUGUGGUGUAAAUGCAGAAUGUCUAGUAUACAACCACGUUCCCAUGUGUAGCUGUUCCAACGGUAUGGUUGGAAAUGCAUUUGUGCAGUGCACUGCGCUUCAAGAUACCGUGAAAGAAAAUCCCUGUUCACCUUCGCCAUGUGGACCAAACAGUGUCUGUCGAGAGAUCAAUGGACAGCCAGUUUGUUCUUGCGUAGCAGGAUUUCUGGGUGCUCCACCGACUUGCAGACCAGAAUGUAUAGUCAGUACUGAUUGUCCUCUGUCAGAAGCUUGCAGCAACCAAAAAUGUGCGAAUCCCUGUCCUGGUUCGUGUGGAUUCAGAGCUCUUUGCAACGUUGUUAAUCACAAUCCCAUAUGCAAUUGUCCAUCGGAUCUCACUGGUGAUCCAUUUGUUCAGUGUAUUCCACGACUACCUGAACCCGUAGUGCCACGAAACCCAUGCGAACCCUCUCCGUGCGGACCCAAUUCUCAAUGCAGAAUCGUCAACGACGCACCCUCUUGUUCUUGUUCACCAGAAUUCAGAGGCACUCCUCCCAACUGCAGACCUGAAUGUGUCAGCAAUAGUGAAUGUCCCAGUCAAUUGGCCUGUGUGAAUCAAAAAUGCAGAGACCCGUGCCCAGGAUCUUGUGGAACUAACGCCGAAUGUCGUGUCGUCAGUCAUACACCUAUGUGUGUUUGUCCUAGUGAUUAUACCGGUGAUCCCUUCACCCAAUGUACAUCUCGACCACCUGUCCCAGUCAAUAUUUCUCCGUGCAUCCCAUCGCCGUGUGGUUUCAAUGCUAUAUGCAAAGAACAAAACGGCGUAGGUUCAUGUACAUGUUUACCAGAUUACAUUGGCAAUCCUUACGAUGGUUGUCGUCCUGAAUGCAUCAUUGACACCGAUUGUCCAUCUGCAUUGAGUUGUAUACGAUCUAAGUGUCAAAAUCCUUGUCCGGGCACUUGUGGAAUUAACGCAGAGUGCAAAGUCAUCAAUCAUCGCCCUGCAUGCACGUGCAUUCAAGGAUUCAGUGGAAAUCCCUUCCAAUAUUGUACACUAAUUCGAGAAAUAGAAGACGAAACAGAAUACAAAGAUCCAUGCAGUCCAUCACCUUGUGGACCAAACAGUCAGUGUCGCGUAGCAAAUGGUCAAGGAGUAUGUUCUUGUCUCCCAGAAUUCACUGGUGCACCUCCUAUGUGUCGUCCUGAGUGUACUGUGAACUCAGAAUGUCCUCAAGAUCGCGCAUGUGUUAAUCGGAAGUGCGUGAACCCGUGUCCAGCCUCUUGUGGCACGUUUGCCAAUUGUGUAGUCAGGAAUCAUAGUCCAUUCUGCACCUGCAGAGAAUCAUACACUGGAGAUCCCUUCACUCGAUGUUUCCCCGUUCCACAAGCAACUCCACCUACAGCAAUCGAAGUUUCACAACCCUGUCUGCCUUCUCCGUGUGGUCUAAAUUCUGAAUGCCGCGUGGUUAAUGGAGGACCAUCUUGUCAAUGUGUACCAACUUAUGUCGGAAGCCCGCCAAACUGUCGACCAGAAUGCACAGUGAAUUCUGAUUGUUCUCCUAAUCAGGCUUGCAUGAGAGAAAGAUGUAGGGAUCCUUGUCCAGGUUCUUGUGGUACCAAUGCUCAAUGCAUGGUUCUUAAUCAUGUUCCUAUUUGUUCAUGUUUCGAUGGAUAUACCGGAGAUCCUUUCAGCAGUUGCACUCUUGCCCCUGUUGAAUCACCUGAACCAACUCUACUUGAUCCUUGUGCAUUGUCACCAUGUGGUCCUAAUGCACGUUGCGACAAUGGAAUCUGUACGUGUCUUCCAGAAUAUCAAGGAGAUCCUUAUAUAGGUUGUAGACCAGAGUGUGUACUAAAUACAGAUUGCUCUCAAAAUCGAGCAUGCCUAAGAAACAAGUGUGUCGACCCUUGCCCUGGCACAUGUGGUCUAAAUGCAGAAUGUUUCGUGUAUAAUCACGUACCUAUGUGCAGUUGUCCUAGUGGAAUGAUUGGAAAUGCAUUUGUUCAAUGUACUGUGCUCCAAGAUACCAUAAAAGGAAACCCAUGUUCACCUUCUCCGUGCGGACCAAACAGUAUCUGUAGAGAGAUCAAUGGUCAACCUAUCUGCUCUUGUGUAGUAGGAUUCUUAGGAGCACCACCAACUUGUAGACCAGAAUGUGUAGUCAGCUCCGAUUGUCCCUUGACACAAGCUUGUAGCAAUCAGAAAUGUGUUAAUCCGUGUCCUGGUUCAUGUGGAUUCAGAGCCACCUGCAACGUUGUCAAUCAUAAUCCCAUAUGUAGUUGUCCACCAGAUUUGACUGGUGAUCCGUUUGUUCAAUGUGUCCAGCGACCACCUGAACUCGUAGUGCCGGAAAAUCCAUGCGAACCCACUCCAUGCGGACCCAAUGCAGAGUGUAGAGUCGUCAACAGUGCUCCUUCUUGUUCUUGUCUAUUGGAAUUCGUAGGAGUACCGCCAAAUUGUAGACCUGAAUGCGUCAGUAAUAGCGAAUGUCCAAGUCAGUUAGCCUGUAUCAAUCAAAAAUGUAGAGAUCCGUGUCCUGGAUCAUGUGGAGCUAAUGCAGUGUGCCGCGUUGUUAGUCAUACACCUAUGUGUGUUUGUCCUAAUGACUAUACCGGUGAUCCCUUCACUCAAUGUGUUUCUAGACCACCUGUCCCUGUCAAUCUUUCUCCAUGUAGUCCAUCACCAUGCGGUUUUAACGCAGUAUGCAAAGAACAGAACGGAGUUGGGUCGUGUUCUUGUUUGUCUGAUUAUAUUGGUAAUCCAUAUGAAGGCUGUCGUCCCGAGUGUCUCGUUGACACUGACUGUUCAUCUACAUUGAGCUGUAUACGAUCCAAAUGCCAAGAUCCUUGUCCAGGCACCUGUGGUACGAAUGCAGAAUGUAAAGUCAUUAAUCACCGCCCUGCGUGCACUUGUAUUCAAGGUUUUAGUGGAAAUCCUUUCCAAUUUUGCAUCUUGAUUCGUGAAAUAGAAGAUGAAACAAAAAACAAAGAUCCGUGCCAGCCUUCGCCUUGUGGCCCAAAUAGCCAAUGUCGUAUCGUGAAUGGCCAAGCAGUUUGCUCCUGUCUACCAGAAUACACAGGCACACCUCCUAUGUGUCGUCCAGAGUGUGUUGUAAAUUCAGAGUGUCCUCAAGAUCGCGCGUGUAUUAAUCAAAAGUGCGUGAAUCCAUGUCCAGCUUCUUGUGGUAUGUUCGCCUCUUGUGUAGUGAGAAACCAUAGUCCAAUCUGCGCUUGCAAGGAGUCAUAUACUGGAGAUCCCUUCACUAGAUGUUUCCCCGUUCCACAAACUACAUCACCCACAGCAAUCGAAAUUUCACAACCUUGUUUGCCUUCCCCGUGUGGUCCAAAUUCAGAAUGUCGUGUAGUUAAUGGAGGUCCAUCAUGCCAAUGCUUACCAAAUUACAUCAGAAGCCCUCCAAAUUGUCGACCAGAGUGCACAAUAAACUCAGAUUGUUCUCCUAGUCAAGCUUGCAUGAAAGAAAGAUGCAGAGAUCCUUGCCCAGGUUCUUGUGGUGCCAAUGCUCAAUGCACGGUGCUCAAUCAUGUUCCUAUAUGUUCUUGUUUUAAUGGAUACAUUGGAGAUCCUUUCAGCAGUUGUUAUCCCGUCCCUGUUAGACCAACUGAACCGACUGUAACUGAUUCAUGUGCAUUAUCACCUUGUGGUCCUAAUGCACGCUGCGAUAGUGGAGUCUGUACAUGUUUGGCAGAAUAUAAAGGAGACCCUUAUAUGGGUUGUAGACCAGAAUGUGUAUUGAACACUGACUGCCCUCAGAAUCGCGCUUGCAUAACAAAUAAAUGUAUUGAUCCUUGCCCUGGUACUUGUGGUCGAAACGCAGAAUGUCAGAUUUAUAAUCAUGUACCCAUGUGCAGUUGCCCUAGUGGAACGGUUGGAAAUGCGUUCGUUCUAUGUACAGUCGCCGAAGAUACCACGAAAGGAAACCCUUGUUCACCUUCACCUUGUGGACCAAACAGUGUCUGUCGAGAGAUCAAUGGACAAUCAGUCUGUUCCUGCGUAGCAGGAUUUAUGGGAGCACCACCAACUUGUAGACCAGAAUGUGUAGUCAGCUCUGAUUGUCCUUUGACACAAGCUUGUAGCAAUCAGAAAUGUGUUAAUCCGUGUCCCGGUUCAUGUGGAUUUAGAGCCACCUGCAACGUUGUCAAUCAUAAUCCUAUAUGCAGUUGUCCACCUGAUUUAACAGGCGAUCCAUUUAUCCACUGUGUUUCACGACCACCCGAACCUGUAGUGUCACAAAAUCCAUGCGAACCCUCUCCAUGCGGACCCAAUUCAGAGUGUAGAGUCGUCAACAAUGCUCCCUCUUGUUCCUGUUCACUGAAAUUCAUAGGCAUCCCGCCAAAUUGUAGACCUGAAUGCGUCAGUAAUAGCGAAUGUCCUAGUCAGUUAGCCUGUAUCAAUCAAAAAUGCAGAGAUCCGUGUCCUGGAUCAUGUGGAGCUAACGCAGAGUGUCGCGUUGUUAGUCAUACUCCUAUGUGUGCCUGUCCUAGCGACUAUACUGGUGAUCCAUUCACGCAAUGUACACCUAAACCACCUGUUCCCGUUAAUCUUUCCCCAUGUAGUCCAUCACCAUGUGGGUUUAAUGCUAUAUGCAAAGAACAGAACGGAAUAGGUUCUUGUUCCUGUUUGUCUGAUUAUAUUGGUAAUCCAUACGAAGGCUGUCGUCCUGAAUGUGUCCUUGAUACGGAUUGUCCAUCGACUUUGAGCUGUAUACGAUCCAAAUGCCAAGACCCUUGUCCAGGUACUUGUGGCACAAACGCAGAGUGCAAAGUUAUCAAUCAUCGCCCUGCAUGCACAUGUAUUCAAGGAUACAGUGGAAAUCCAUUCCAAUACUGUACAUUGAUUCGAGAAAUAGAAGACGAAAUGAAAUAUAAGGAUCCAUGUAGUCCAUCUCCUUGUGGACCAAACAGUCAGUGUCGCGUAAUAAAUGGUCAAGGAGUUUGCUCUUGUCUGCCAGAAUUUACUGGUGCACCUCCAAUGUGUCGUCCCGAAUGUACUGUAAAUUCAGAAUGCCCUCAAGAUCGCGCGUGCGUUAAUAAGAAAUGCGUGAAUCCAUGUCCAGCUUCGUGUGGUACUUUCGCUACUUGUGUGAUCAAGAAUCACAGUCCAAUUUGUGCCUGUAGACCGUCGUAUACGGGAGAUCCUUUCACAAGAUGCUUCCCCGCGCCACAAGCAUUUCCACCUACAGCAGUUGAAAGUACACAACCUUGUCUGCCCUCUCCUUGUGGUCCAAAUUCAGAGUGUCGUGUGGUUAAUAAUGGUCCAUCUUGCCAGUGUCUGGCUACUUACGUUGGAAGUCCUCCAAAUUGUCGACCAGAAUGUACAAUUAACUCAGACUGUCCUCCUAGUCAAGCUUGCAUGAGACAAAGAUGCAGAAACCCUUGUCCAGGUUCUUGUGGUACCAAUGCCCAAUGCACGGUUCUCAAUCAUGUUCCUAUAUGUUCCUGUUUCGAAGGAUAUACAGGAGAUCCUUUCAGCAGCUGCAGCUUUGUCCCUGUUAAACCAACUGAACCAACUAUAAUUGAUACUUGUGCAUCAUCUCCUUGUGGUCCAAAUGCACGUUGCGACAAUGGAAUCUGCACAUGUCUUCCGGAAUAUCAGGGUGAUCCUUAUGUAGCUUGUCGUCCGGAAUGUGUACUAAAUACAGAUUGUCCUCAGAAUAGGGCUUGUUUAAGAAACAAGUGCGUCGAUCCUUGUCCUGGUACAUGCGGCGUAAAUGCAGAGUGUCUAGUAUACAGUCAUGUACCCAUGUGCACUUGUCCUAGUGGAAUGGUUGGAAACGCAUUCGUUCAAUGUAAUAUACUUCAAGAAACUGAAAAAGGAAACCCAUGUUCGCCGUCACCUUGCGGACCUAAUAGUGUCUGUCGAGAGGUCAACGAACAGGCAGUGUGUACCUGCGUAGCAGGAUUCCUAGGUAGUCCACCUACCUGCAGACCAGAGUGUAUAGUCAGUUCUGACUGUCCUCUAACAGAAGCCUGUAACAAUCAAAAAUGUAUAAAUCCCUGUCCUGGUACGUGUGGAUUUAGAGCCAUUUGCAACGUUGUGAAUCACAAUCCUAUAUGUAGCUGUCCAUCUGAACUCACUGGCGAUCCAUUUGUUCAGUGUGUUCCACGACGUGCUCCACCCAAUUGUAGACCUGAAUGUGCCAGUAAUAGUGAAUGUCCAAGUAACAUGGCUUGUAUGAAUCAGAAAUGUAGAGAUCCUUGUCCGGGAUCUUGUGGAGCUAAUGCUGAAUGUCGAGUUGUCAGUCAUACACCUAUGUGUGUCUGUCCUAGCGAUUAUACAGGAGAUCCCUUCACUGAAUGCACAUCUAGGCCAUCGGUCCCAGUCGAUCUUUCCCCAUGCAGUCCAUCACCAUGUGGUUUCAAUUCUAUGUGCAAAGAACAAAAUGGUGUGGGUUCAUGUACCUGUUUACCUGACUAUAUCGGUAAUCCCUACGAAGGAUGUCGUCCUGAAUGUGUGAUUGACACGGAUUGCACAUCUACGUUGAGUUGUAUAAGAUCUAAGUGCCAAGAUCCAUGUCCUGGUACUUGUGGAACGAACACUGAAUGUAGAGUUAUUAAUCACCGCCCUGCUUGCACAUGUAUUCAAGGGUACAGUGGAAAUCCAUUCCAAUAUUGUACUCCUGUCCCGAUAGAGGAUGAAACGAAAAAUAAGGAUCCGUGCAAUCCUUCACCUUGCGGACCAAAUAGUCAGUGUCGCGUUGUAAAUGGACAAGGUGUUUGCUCCUGUCUACCAGAAUUCACGGGUACACCUCCAAUGUGUCGUCCCGAGUGUACUCUAAAUUCAGAGUGUCCUCAGGAUCGCGCAUGUGUUAAUCGGAAGUGCGUGAACCCGUGUCCAGCCUCUUGUGGCACGUUUGCCAAUUGUGUAGUCAGGAAUCAUAGUCCAUUCUGCACCUGCAGAGAAUCAUACACUGGAGAUCCCUUCACUAGAUGCUUCCCAACUUCACAAUCAACACCACCUACAGCAGUUGAAGUUUUACAACCCUGUCUACCUUCCCCUUGCGGACCAAAUUCAGAAUGUCGCGUAGUCAAUGGAGGACCAUCUUGUCAAUGUCUACCUACGUACAUCGGUAGCCCUCCAAACUGUCGUCCAGAGUGUACAGUAAAUUCUGAUUGUUCCCCUAGUCAAGCUUGUAUGAGAGAGAGGUGCAGAAAUCCUUGUCCAGGUUCUUGUGGUUCCAAUGCUCAAUGUAUGGUGCUUAAUCACGUUCCAAUAUGUUCCUGUUUCGAAGGCUACACGGGAGAUCCUUUUAGCAAUUGCUAUUCUGCCCCGGUUAGACCAAUUGAACCGACUGUCGUUGAUCCCUGUGCAUCAUCGCCUUGUGGUUCCAAUGCACGUUGCAACGAUGGAAUUUGUACAUGUUUACCAGAGUAUCAGGGUGAUCCGUACGUUGGUUGUCGACCAGAAUGCGUACUGAAUACAGAUUGUCUUCAGAAUAGAGCUUGUAUAAAAAAUAAAUGUGUUGACCCUUGCCCUGGCACAUGUGGUAUAAAUGCAGAAUGUCUGAUAUACAAUCAUGUACCCAUGUGCAGCUGUCCCAAUGGAAUGGUUGGAAAUGCGUUUGUUCAGUGCAAUAUCAUGGAAGAUGUUGGAAAGGAAAAUCCUUGCUCACCUUCGCCUUGUGGACCAAACAGUGUCUGUCGAGAAAUCAAUGGACAACCCGUCUGUUCCUGCGUAAUAGGAUUCCUGGGUACACCACCUUCUUGUAGACCAGAGUGUACUGUCAGCUCCGAUUGUCCUUUGACAGAAGCUUGUAACAAUCAGAAAUGUGUAAACCCCUGUCCUGGUUCAUGCGGAUUUAGAGCCACCUGCAACGUUGUCAAUCACAAUCCCAUAUGCAGCUGUCCACCUGAUUUAACUGGCGAUCCAUUCGUUCAGUGUGUUCCACAACCACCCGAGCCUGUAGUGCCACAAAACCCAUGCGAACCCUCUCCAUGCGGACCCAAUGCAGAAUGCAGAGUCAUCAAUGAUGCACCCUCUUGUUCUUGUUCACCGGAAUUCAUAGGCACCCCACCCAAUUGCAGACCUGAAUGUGCCAGCAAUAGUGAAUGUCCCAGUAAGCUGGCCUGCAUGAAUCAGAAGUGCAGAGACCCUUGUCCUGGAUCCUGUGGGGCAAGCGCUGAAUGUCGUGUUGUCAGUCAUACUCCCAUGUGUGUCUGUCCUAGCGACUAUACUGGAGACCCUUUCACUUUAUGUUCACCUAUACCACCUGUCCCUGUCAGUGUGUCACCGUGCACCCCAUCGCCAUGCGGUUUCAACGCGAUGUGCAAAGAACAAAACGGUGUAGGCUCCUGUAUCUGUUUAGCCGAUUAUAUAGGCAAUCCCUACGAAGGUUGUCGCCCUGAGUGUGUCGUUGACACCGACUGUCCAUCCACAAUGAGCUGCAUACGCUCUAAAUGUCAGGACCCUUGUCCAGGCACUUGUGGUACAAACGCAGAGUGCAAAGUUAUCAAUCAUCGUCCUGCUUGCACAUGUAUUCAAGGUUACAGUGGAAAUCCCUUCCAAUAUUGUACUUUGAUACGUGAAAUAGAAGAUGAGACAGUAUACAAAGAUCCAUGCAACCCUUCAUCUUGCGGACCGAACAGUCAAUGUCGCGUUAUAAAUGGCCAAGGAGUUUGUUCAUGUUUGCCAGAAUAUACAGGAACGCCUCCCAUGUGUCGUCCCGAAUGUGUUCUAAACUCAGAAUGUCCACAAAAUCGCGCGUGCAUUAAUCAGAAAUGUGUGGACCCAUGUCCUGCUUCCUGUGGAACAUUUGCCACUUGCGUAGUUAGGAAUCAUAGCCCAAUUUGUGCAUGUAGAGAGUUAUAUACUGGGGAUCCUUUCAUCAGAUGUUUCCCUGUUCCACAAUCAACACCACCUACAGCAGUCGAAGUUUCACAGCCCUGCUUGCCUUCACCGUGCGGUGUAAAUUCAGAAUGUCGCGUAAUCAAUGGAGUUCCAUCUUGUCAAUGCCUACCAAAUUACAUAGGAAGUCCUCCAAAUUGUCGUCCAGAGUGUACAGUAAAUUCCGAUUGUUCCCCUAGUCAAGCUUGUAUGGGAGAAAAAUGCAGAGAUCCUUGUCCAGGUUCUUGCGGUUUCAAUGCCCAGUGUAGAGUAUUUAAUCACGUUCCUAUGUGUUCCUGUAUCCAAGGAUACACUGGCGAUCCUUUCAGUCAAUGCAAUCAAUUAAUCAGUCCUCCUGAACCGUCGGAGAUAGAUUUAUGUAAUCCAUCUCCCUGUGGACCAAAUGCUAUAUGCGACAAUGGAAUUUGCUCUUGCAUGCCUGAUUACUAUGGAGAUUCCAAUAUCGGUUGUCGACCAGAGUGUGUACUUAACAACGAUUGUCAUCGAAACAGAGCUUGCGUGAGGAAUAAGUGUGAUGAUCCUUGUGUCGGUGCAUGUGCCACUGAUGCAAUUUGCGAGGUGGUUAAUCAUGUUCCAAUGUGCAGUUGUCCUGCUGGAUUCGAAGGGAAUGCCUUUGCAUUCUGUCGUCCAGCUAUAGCCGAACUUCCAUCUAAUCCAUGCAGUCCAUCGCCUUGCGGACCUAAUAGUCAAUGUCGAGCGAAGAAUGGCCAAGCAAUUUGUAGUUGCGUACCAGGUUACUUAGGAAACCCACCAAUUUGUCGUCCAGAAUGUGUGGUUAGCUCUGAUUGUCCACCAAAUGAGAGUUGUAGUAAUCAGAAGUGUAUAAAUCCAUGUGUGGGCACUUGCGGCUUGGCAGCUCGUUGCACCGUCGCGAAUCGUAAUCCUAUUUGUCAUUGUCCUGAAGGAUUCACGGGAGAUCCUUUCGUUAGGUGUACUCCACUUCCACAAGUUCCACCAGAACCGAUAAAUGUUUGCCAGCCAUCACCAUGUGGACCCAACGCUCAAUGUCAGAUAUCAGGGAACUCACCUUCCUGUAGUUGUCUACCUGAAUUUAUCGGUACACCACCAUAUUGCAAGCCAGAGUGCAUCAGCAACAGUGAAUGUCCUACGAAUUUAGCCUGCAUAAAUCAAAAAUGUCGCGAUCCUUGUCCCGGUUCCUGUGGUGCCAAUGCAGAAUGCAGAAUAAUUAGUCACACACCUAUGUGCGUUUGUUCUCCUGGUUUCGUUGGUGAUCCAUUUGUACAGUGUAUUCCAAAGCUAGUCGCCCAGAGUCCAGUAGAGAAAUUCACCCCAUGUAUACCAUCUCCCUGUGGGUCUAAUGCAGUGUGUAACGAACAAAAUGGCGCAGCGUCUUGUAAAUGCAUUGCUGAUUAUAUCGGAAAUCCUUACGAAGGCUGUCGACCAGAAUGUGUCAUUAAUUCUGAUUGUUCAGCUAAUCAAGCUUGCAUUAGGUCUAAAUGUCAGAAUCCUUGUCCAGGAUUCUGUGGAUAUAAUGCUGUUUGUCAAAUUGUUAAUCAUACUCCACUGUGUACUUGUCAGUCUGGAUACACUGGAGAUCCGUUCGUUCAAUGUAACGUUAUUCAAGCUCCACCGGAACCAGCUGACCCUUGCAGUCCAUCUCCUUGCGGUCUAAACAGUCAGUGUCGUGCAUCCAAUGGACAAGCUAUUUGUUCAUGUUCACCCACAUUUUUGGGAUCUCCACCAAUGUGCAGACCAGAAUGUACAAUCAGCACAGACUGCACAACGAACCGUGCUUGCAAAAAUCGCAAAUGCGUCGAUCCUUGUCCUGGAAUUUGUGGUAUAAAUGCUAGAUGCGAGGCCAUUAAUCAUAGUCCGAUUUGUAGCUGUAACGUAGGAUACACGGGCGAUCCUUUCGUUAGAUGUUUCAAAGUUACAAUGGUAUCAGAACCAGUAAAUCCUUGCGUUCCUUCACCCUGUGGUCCGUUCUCCGUGUGUCGUGUCAUUGGAAAUGCGGACCUACCAAGCUGUACCUGUAUGGAUAAUUAUAUAGGAACUCCACCAAACUGUCGACCACAAUGUACUAUCGAUUCUGAAUGUGCCAGCAACCGAGCUUGUCUCAGGCAAAAGUGUACAGAUCCUUGUCCAGGCUCCUGUGGUACUGGAGCAGAGUGUCUAGUAGUAAACCAUAUGGCUGUGUGCACUUGUCCCCGAGGAUUCACAGGCGAUCCAUUUGCCAAUUGUUUCCUAGAGUCUCCUCCUUCACCACCAGCACCCCAAGACGCCUGCAACCCCUCACCAUGCGGAUCAAACACACUCUGUCGCGAUGGUAUAUGCACUUGUCUGCCAGAAUAUCGCGGCGAUCCAUAUUACGGAUGUCGGCCAGAAUGUGUUCAGAACCCAGACUGUCCUCUAGAUAGAGCUUGCAAUCGUAACAAGUGUUUCGAUCCUUGUACUGGUGUGUGUGGACAAAAUGCCGAGUGUGUGGUGAUAAACCACACUCCCAUGUGCAGUUGUCCAGAUGGCAUGUCAGGAAACGCGUUCACAGCCUGUUUCCCAAUAAAAGACCCAGAAGUAUUACAACCCUGCAACCCGUCACCCUGCGGUCCAAACAGUAGGUGUCAAGACAUCAGUGGACAGGCAGUCUGUUCCUGUGUCCCUGGUUACAUAGGAAACCCUCCGUCUUGUCGACCUGAAUGUAUCGUUAACAGCGACUGCCCAUUGAACGAAGCUUGCGUGAAUCUCAAGUGUAGAGACCCGUGUCCUGGAUCCUGUGGAGUAACAGCUAGAUGUCAGGUGGUCAAUCAUAAUCCUAUUUGUAGCUGCCCUCCGGCAUUCACUGGCGAUCCCUUCGUACCUGAAGAACCCGUGCAACCGACCAGUCCCUGUCAGCCAUCACCGUGUGGUCCGAACGCAAUUUGUCAAGUGAUUAACAACUCUCCAUCGUGUACCUGUAAACCAGAAUUCAUUGGUACUCCUCCAAAUUGCAAGCCAGAAUGUAUCAGUAAUAGCGAGUGCAGUAGUCACUUGGCAUGUAUCGAACGUAAAUGCAGAGAUCCUUGCGCUGGUUCUUGCGGCUCGAACGCGGAAUGUCACGUUGUGAAUCAUGUUCCGUCGUGCAUUUGCGCGAAAGACUUUACGGGAGAUCCGUUCGUUCAGUGCAUCGUUAGACAACCGGAAACAACAAUCGCGCCUAGACCCUGUCAACCUUCUCCAUGUGGAGCAAAUGCUAUUUGUCGCGAACAAAAUGGUCUUAGCUCUUGCACAUGCUCACCCGAGUAUAUCGGUAAUCCUUACGAAGGGUGUCGACCAGAGUGCACUCGAUCAUCAGAUUGUCCCUCUCAUUUAGCUUGUAUCAGAUCCAAAUGUCAAAAUCCUUGUCCUGGUAUUUGUGGCUCCAAUACCAAUUGUCAAGUCGUGAACAAUCUACCAGUGUGCACUUGUAUCCCACAAUACACUGGCGAUCCAUACGUGAACUGCGUAUACAGAGUUCCCACGAUUGAAGAAGAACGAGAUGUAUGUCGAUCAUCGCCUUGCGGUCCGAAUAGUCGAUGUCAGAAUGUAAAUGAUCAGGCAGUAUGCUCUUGCCUGCCUCAGUACGUAGGAACUCCACCAAACUGUAGGCCAGAAUGUGUUGUAAAUUCGGAAUGUAACUCGAAUCUCGCAUGUAUUAAUCAGAAGUGUAAAGAUCCUUGUUCUGGUACCUGUGGUCGCAAUGCACAGUGCAAGGUUGUGCAUCAUAGUCCAAUUUGUAGCUGCGGAAGCGAUUCGACAGGAGAUCCGUUCGUCUAUUGUUUCCCUGCUCCAAUGCCAAAACCAGAAGAACAAUACCCAAAAGAUCCGUGCGUUCCAUCCCCCUGUGGUCCAAACGCGAUGUGCAAGGCUCUUGGAGAGACUCCAGUCUGCACUUGCAUGAAUAAUUACAUCGGAAUGCCACCAAAUUGUCGAUCAGAGUGUUCCAUCAAUUCAGAUUGUCCAGCAAAUGAAGCUUGCACUGGAGAUAAGUGUAGAGAUCCUUGUCCAGGAUCUUGUGGCGUGAACGCACGUUGUACAGUGGUGAAUCAUACACCAACUUGUACUUGUUCCGAAGGAUUCACCGGUGAUCCUUUCAUCAUCUGUUUGCCAAUUCCUUCGCCAAUCAUCCCAGAAUCCCCAACAGACCCAUGCAACCCAUCACCUUGUGGACCAAACGCACAGUGCAAUGAUGGCGUAUGCACUUGCAUGUCUGGUUAUCUGGGCGAUCCAUAUACCAUUUGUCGCCCUGAAUGCGUUAUCAACACCGAUUGCUCUCGAAACGAAGCUUGUCUUUUGCACAAAUGCAGAAAUCCCUGUAUAGGAACUUGUGGAAUAAAUGCAGAAUGCAACGUCAUCAAUCAUCUACCUAUGUGCAGUUGCCCUAGGAACAUGACAGGCAACGCUUUCGUUUCGUGUAGGCCUGUUCAAGAAACCAGCAUAGUUGAUCCGUGCAAUCCAUCACCCUGUGGCCCAAACAGUCACUGUCGUCCCUUCAAUAGUCAAGCUGUCUGCAGUUGCGUUACUGGAUUCAGGGGAUCACCACCAUUCUGUAGACCAGAGUGUGUCGUUAGCACCGAUUGUUCACGUAACAGAGCUUGCAGUAAUCAGAAAUGCAUCGAUCCCUGUCUCGGUGCUUGUGGACUAUCCGCUCAAUGUACCGUGAUCAAUCAUAAUCCUGUGUGUAGCUGUUUCGAACAGUACACAGGAGAUCCAUUUGUUCAGUGUAUCCCGAAAACAAAAGAGCCAGACGUCCCGAUAAAUCCUUGUCAGCCAUCACCUUGCGGUCCAAGCGCUCAAUGCCAAGUGAUCAACAACGCACCCUCGUGUUCUUGUCUGCCCGAAUUCGUAGGAACCCCACCAUACUGCAAGCCCGAGUGUCUCAGUAAUACAGAAUGUCCAACGCAGCAAGCUUGCAUCAAUCAGAAAUGCAUAGAUCCUUGUCCUGGCUCUUGUGGCAGGAACACAGAGUGCAGAACUAUUAGUCACACUCCUAUGUGCACUUGUGCAAGCAAUUUCACUGGAAAUCCGUUCGUGCAAUGUAUACCCCAACCAAUCGAAGAUACAAUACCACAAAAACUCAACCCCUGUCAGCCAUCUCCCUGCGGUCCAAACGCCAUUUGUCGCGAAUCAUAUGGUACAGCUCAAUGCACUUGUUUACCUGACUUCUACGGAAAUCCAUACGAAAAUUGUAGACCAGAAUGUAUUAUCAAUACCGACUGUCCAUUCAAUCGAGCUUGUAUAAGAAACAAAUGUCAAGAUCCUUGUCCAGGAACCUGUGGCCUUAACGCAGAUUGUCAAGUGGUCAAUCACAUUCCAAUCUGCAGUUGUAGUUCAAGUUACACCGGUGACCCGUUCAGAUUUUGCAACGUAUUCAAACAACCUACUGCACCAAGUGCGACAAAUCCGUGCGAACCUUCACCCUGCGGACCAAAUAGUAGAUGUCGAGAUGUGAACGGUCAAACCACUUGCUCUUGCCUUCCUGAUUUCAAAGGCACACCUCCGAGAUGUAGACCAGAGUGUGUAGUUAGUACAGAAUGUGCUAGCAACAGAGCUUGUGUGAAUCAAAAAUGCGUUGACCCCUGUCCUGGAGUUUGUGGAAUAAACGCGAGAUGCGAGGUCUUCCAUCAUAGUCCUAUUUGUAGCUGCGAUGCUCGUCAGACGGGAGAUCCGUUCGUAAAAUGCUUUGACAUGACCACACCAAGUCCACCUGUGCCCGUAAACCCGUGCGUUCCAUCGCCCUGUGGCCCGUUCUCUCAAUGCCAAAACAUAGGAGGCAUUCCAUCAUGUUCCUGUUUACCCAAUUAUGUUGGUUCAGCCCCUAGCUGUCGACCAGAAUGUUCAAUUAAUUCAGACUGUACCAGUGAUAAGGCUUGCAUCAGAGAAAAGUGUAGAGAUCCAUGUCCAGGAUCCUGUGGAAUGAACGCAUAUUGCAAUGUGGUUAAUCAUACACCUAUUUGCACUUGUCCUAGAGAUUACACCGGAGAUCCCUUCACUAGUUGUCGUCCAAUGCCCACACCUAUCCUCCCAGUCCUAUCAGACCCGUGCAACCCAUCGCCCUGUGGACCAAACACUCUUUGUCGAAAUGGCGUAUGCAGCUGCAUAAACGAAUAUCGUGGUGAUCCUUACCAAGGUUGUCGACCGGAAUGUGUUCAGAAUUCAGACUGUACUUUCGAUAAAGCUUGUUCCAACAAUAAGUGUGUGGACCCUUGUAUUGGAAUCUGUGGACAGAAUGCCGAGUGCGUUGUAGUUAACCAUAUUCCCACUUGUAGUUGCGUGGAGAACUACGAAGGAGAUUCAUUUACCCUGUGCAAACCGAUUCAAAAACGCGUGAAACCUUGUGAACCCUCGCCCUGCGGACCCAACAGUGUUUGCCGCGAGUUUGGCGAGCAAGCUUCUUGUUCCUGUCUCCCUGGAUACUUUGGAACAUCACCCAGCUGUAGACCCGAAUGUUUGGUGAAUUCUGACUGCGAACAGAGUAGAGCUUGCGUGAACGAACGCUGCCAAAACCCGUGUGAAAACGUUUGUGGUCAAGGCGCGUUGUGUAACGUGAGAAAUCAUAAUCCCAUUUGCAGUUGCCCCGCACAAUAUUCCGGUGACCCGUUUGUCAACUGUUUCCCCAUGAAAACGCAGUACGAAGAACCUAGCCAGGACCCAUGCAAACCCUCGCCGUGUGGACCAAACUCCCAAUGCACAGUGUCACCAGAUAAUAAGGCCUCCUGUGCUUGUAUGCCUGAAUUUAUAAGCUCUCCUCCCAAUUGUAGACCAGAAUGUCUUGUGAACAGCGAAUGUCCCAGCAAUCAAGCUUGCGUUAGACAGAAGUGUACUGAUCCUUGUACAGGACUCUGCGGCUCUAACGCUCUCUGCCAAGUUACCCUGCAUUACAUCCGUUGUGUGUGUCCCGAGGGAUACACCGGAGACCCGUUCACUGUUUGUUCCGUGGCCAAGACAACUCCAGAACCAUCAACACCUUCGAGACCGUGCAAUCCUUCACCGUGUGGAAUCAACGCGUAUUGCAGAGAGAGAGACAACACCGCGUAUUGCGAGUGUCUGCCAGAUUUCAGAGGAAAUCCGUACGAAAGCUGUCAGCCAGAGUGUCUGGUAAAUACCGAUUGCCCGAAAUCGCAGGCUUGUAUCAGGACCAAGUGUCAGGAUCCUUGUCCUGGUACUUGUGGAGUUGGAGCUAUCUGUACCGUGUCCAAUCACAUUCCAAUUUGCUCGUGUCCGGCACCUACUAUUGGAAACGCGUUCACUAUUUGUCAAGCUGUUCCUGAAGUACCGAGAGAAAAAGAUCCUUGUUCUCCAUCUCCGUGUGGACCCAACACUAUCUGCGAAAAGAUCGGCAAUACUGCAGUCUGCAAAUGUCUACCUGGCCUUCAAGGAGUUCCUUCGAGCAUUACAGGUUGUCAUCCAGAGUGUGUGAUUAGUUCUGACUGUCCAGGAGACAAGGCUUGCAUCGGCAAUAAAUGCAUAAAUCCUUGCACGCAGAAUGUGUGUGGUAUCAAGGCCACAUGUCAAGCUAUCAACCAUAGUCCUCUCUGCAGCUGCGCAUCUCCGUUAAUUGGAAAUCCGUUUGAAGAAUGUUACACGAAAAUUGAAACCGAUCCUUGCAAUCCAUCUCCGUGUAGCUACAAUGGCGAAUGCAAAGUGAGAAACGGCAUUGCAGUAUGCAUUUAUCCAGAAUGUGUUAUUAACUCUGAUUGUCCACGAGAUAAGGCUUGCUUCGCACAGAAAUGCAGAGACCCAUGCAUCGGUGCCUGUGGAAUUAAUUCACUGUGCCAGACGGUGAACCACAAGCCUGUCUGCUCGUGUCCGCCUGGAUUCACUGGCAACGCUCGUAUACAGUGCACCGUUCCAACGAUUGAAGAGCCAAUUCCAGAGUGUACUCAAAACUCUGAAUGUCCGAAUGACAAGACCUGCUAUAAUCAAAGAUGUGUCGAUCCUUGCACACUGGACUCCUGUGGCUUUAACAGUCGUUGCCAUGUGCAAAUGCAUCGUGCUGUCUGUGUCUGCAACGAAGGUUUCACUGGCAAUCCUCAACAAUAUUGCGGCGAAAUUGGUUGUCGUGGCGAUAGUGACUGUCCACUGACUCAGUCGUGCAUCAACAACGAGUGUAUAGACGCCUGCUCUGUGACACAGUGCGGUAUCAAUGCAUUCUGCAAAUCAGACGGAUAUCACAGACCAAGAUGCUACUGUCCUGAUGGAUACAUAGGAAAUCCGUAUCAAGCAUGUGAAAGACCAGAAUGCGUCAGUGACAACGACUGUUCAUCAUCUUUAGCUUGUCGUGAUUCAAGAUGCGUAAAUCCUUGCGACUGUCCACCAUCAGCGCAGUGUCUCGUGAUUAAUCAUCGUCCUGUUUGUCGAUGCCCUCCGGGUUACGUGGGUAAUCCAUAUACCUCGUGUCUAAUGGAACCGAUCGAACAACAGCCACAGUGUCAAGUAGAUGGAGACUGCCCCAGCAAACUUGGUUGUUUCAAUGGCGUUUGCAAAGAUCCAUGUACCGAAACUAAACCUUGCAUCGCUGGCGCGAAGUGUACUGUCGUCGACACUUUGCCAAUGAGGACCAUGGUCUGCGAGUGCUUGCAAAACUUUGCUGGCGAUGCAACUGUCGCUUUGGACAAGAAAAUCGAGGCUGUCUGUAAAUCUGACUCUCAAUGUUUGUCAAAUAUGGCCUGUCUAAAUGAAAAGUGCAUCAAUCCGUGCAUUAUCAAUCCAUGCGCGCCAAAUGCGGAAUGCUCUAUCGAAAAUCAUCAUCUACAGUGUCAUUGCUCGCGUGGCAAUGUUGGCAAUCCAUUUGUAAAUUGUUAUAGAGAUACUGACUCCUUCCCAGAGUGUACAUCAAACGUAGAUUGCGCGACCAAUGAGGCUUGCAUUAAUCAAUUAUGUCAGAAUCCAUGUGUCAGCACGCAAUGUGGUCUGAACGCGGAGUGUAUCACUGUCAAUCAUCAUCCGACUUGUCACUGUCAACAGAAUUUCGCAGGAGAUCCUCAAGUCCAAUGUUUCAAACCUGAAUGCAAAUCAGAUAACGAUUGUCCCUAUGAUAAGACCUGUCGAAACAACAACUGUGUCACUCCUUGCCUGGUUGGAGAUGUCGCGUGUGGUCGUGGAGCAGAAUGCAUCGCAGCCUCGCACAGAGCACAGUGUGUCUGUCCACGAGGCACCCAAGGUGAUCCAAAGAUCGCCUGCAUCUCCACGGUGUGUCAUUACAACGAAGAUUGUGCGGAUCACGAAGCCUGCGACAGGUUGAAUAGAGUCUGUCGUCCAGUUUGCGAGGAAGAUACUUGCGCCGACACUGCCAAAUGCAUCGCAAGAGACCAUCAACCUAAGUGCACUUGUCCUCUGGGAACCACUGGAAAUCCAUAUGUUGAGUGUAGUGGUAUACCAAUCGAACCAGAGUGCAGAGAAGACAGCGAAUGUCCAGCAUACUUCGCGUGCAUCAACUCAAAAUGCCAAGAUCCUUGCUUAUCUUCCAGUAUGUGCUCUGGUGAACAAGAAUGCAAAGUAUUGAACACGGUCCCUCUUCGAACGAUGAUCUGCACUUGUCCUCCAAACACCAUUACCGACAUAAAUGGGUUGUGCAAGAAAAUCGUUGUGCAAUGUCAUCAAGAUCAAGACUGUAACGAUUCUGAUAAGUGUGUGGGUGGAACUUGCAUUGAAGCUUGUCUCACCACCCAGUGUGGACUGAAUGCUCAAUGCGUGGCAACUGGGAUCUGUCAAUGUGCCUCUGGAUUUACUGGCAAUCCUUACAUCGAGUGUGGCAGACUUCCAUCGCCAUUGCCAGCAGUUCGCCCAGAAUGCUACACUAACAGCGAAUGUUCCAAUGAUAAACAGUGCAUAAAUUCCUUCUGCGUGAAUCCUUGCGUCGUCGGGGAUCCGUGUGGUAGAAAUGCAUUGUGUCACGUAAAUAAUCACAGCCCGAUCUGCAGAUGUCCUGUCAGCUACAUUGGUGAUCCAAGAACCAAUUGUGCCCCACCUGGAAUUGUAGCCGAAUGUACUUCGAACAGCGAUUGCGCGGGUAACGCUGCCUGCGUGAACAACUUGUGCAUCAAUCCUUGCAAUUGUGGUUCAAACGCCAAGUGCAAUGUCGUGGAUCAUUAUCCAUCUUGCGUUUGUCCGCCUGGUUAUUCCGGAAAUCCUCAAUUAGUGGACUGUGAAUCGGAUAGCGAAUGCAACAACGCAGCUACGUGCUACAACGGCCAGUGCGUGAAUCCUUGCAUUCUGGAGAACAAGUGUGCGAUAAACGCAGAAUGUUACGGUCAAAACCAUCGUGCCAUUUGUCGUUGCGGUCCAGGCUAUCUAGGCAAUCCAGAAGUGCAUUGUGAAAGAGUAGAGUGCAGUGCUGAUCAUGAUUGUCCUCGAAAUUUGGCCUGCUACAGUGGACGUUGCGUUAGUCCAUGCUUGGAAGAUUCACCGUGUGCUCAAAACGCAAUUUGUUAUGUCCAGGAUCACAUAGCCACCUGUCGUUGUCCAGAGAAUAUUCCUGCUGGAAAUCCAUAUUCCUAUUGCACACACGUUCCCACGACAGAAUUCGACGAACCGGAAUGCAGAAUCGACAUUGAUUGCGCUGAUAAAUUGGUGUGCAUUAAAAAUAAAUGUAUCGAUCCUUGUCCAGUGAUUAAACCAUGUCUACAGAACGCACGUUGUAACGUUUUGGACACUGUUCCGGUGAGAACCAUGACGUGCACGUGUCCUGAGGGCUGGACCACUGAUAUUGAUGGCGUUUGUAGACCAAUUCAAAUAGCGAUAACCGGUAGUUGCACGACGAACGACGAGUGCAGCGACACAGAGGCCUGCAUCAACAGACAAUGCAGAAAUCCGUGCAACUGCGGUACCAACGCCGCGUGCAACGUACAAAACCACAAACCGGUCUGCUCCUGCGACGAAGGCUAUCAGGGCAACCCAGACAUCGCUUGCUACUCCGUGGAAUGCGUACGCGAUAGUGAAUGUGCCCUGGACAAGAGUUGCGUGAACAACAACUGCGUGAAUCCUUGUCUGGUCACCGAUAACUGCGGAGUGAACGCGGAGUGCUUCCCCAACAAGCACAAAGCCGACUGUCGAUGUCGCAAGGGCUAUUAUGGAAAUCCUUCCGAUCGUUGUAGAGUGAUCGGUUGCUACAGCAACGGCGACUGUCCAGGAGAUUAUUCCUGCAUCAACAUGCAGUGUAUCAAUCCCUGCGUUCACAGCAAUCCUUGCUCGCCACGAGCCGAAUGCAGAGUCUUCAAUCAUCUACCAAUUUGUCGUUGUCCAGCUCAUCACACUGGCAAUCCUUACAUUGCUUGUAAACCAGAGGAGAGACCAGAGUGUACAGAGGACAGUGAUUGUCCUAAUUUGUUGGCUUGCUUCGAUAACAAGUGUCAGAACCCUUGCACUGUUGUACAACCUUGCAGCGAACCAUCUGAAUGCAAGGUUCUCCCAACGUAUCCAGUACGUACGAUGGUUUGCGUCUGCCCUAGUGGAUACGUGAGCAGUGGUAGCGGAACUUGUAGACCGACGAAACCGAUUGUGGCGAUAGAAUGUACCAGAGACAGCGAUUGUCCUUCGGAGAAGUCUUGCAUUAACGCGGUGUGCAAGGAUCCUUGCGCCUGCGGUCCCAAUGCGGAAUGCAGCGUCGCAAAUCAUAAGCCGAUCUGCUCGUGUGUACUGGGAUACGAUGGUAAUCCUGAUUUGGCGUGCACUAAAGUCGCCGGAUGUCGCGCAGAUGAUGAUUGCAGCGGAUCGCAUGCGUGUGUUCAGCACAACUGUGUCCCAGUGUGUUCUCCAUUGUUGUCCACGUGCGGAAAAGGUGCUGUAUGCAAUGGUAUUAAUCAUAAAGCGAUCUGUGAAUGUCCACCAGGAUACGGUGGCAAUGCAAGAGUCUCUUGCGUCCUCCUUGGUUGCAAGAGUAAUUCUGAUUGCCCUACGAAUAAAGCUUGUAUGAACGAUCGCUGCGAGAACCCUUGCGCAGUGAAUCCUUGCACCGGGAAUAUGGAUUGCAACGUCUAUAAUCAUAUUGUUGAGUGUACUUGUCCAUCUGGUUACAUUGGAGACACUAAACUAGGAUGUACUAAAUUAACAGAGAAAUGCAAAGCGGAUAACGAAUGUCCAUCUCAGACUGCCUGCUUCAACGGCGAGUGCAUCAAUCCUUGCGUGAAGAUCGAACCCUGUGGAAUAAACGCAGAUUGCAAAGUGCUCGAUACAUCUCCUGUAAGAACCAUGAUUUGUGAAUGCAUUCCUGGGUACAGAGGAAACGCAGUCGUUCGCUGUGACAAAACUAAAACUGUAUGUCCAGUGGAGGAGGGUCAAAUUCUCGACGAGUAUGGCAAUUGUGUCUGCCCACCUGGAUCAGCUAAGGACGAGACAGAAGUGUGUAUACCGUGUAGGAAACAAUCUGGAAUGAUUAUCAACGAUGAAGGAUACUGUGUAUGUGCUUUGGAGAACGGUAUGAUCAUCGACGAAUAUGGUCGCUGCGUGUGUCCAACUCAACAUGGAUACAGGCUGGACGCGAAUGGAUACUGCAAAUUAGUUGAUAUAAUCGAGUGCAAACACGACGACGAUUGUGCGGAUAAUAGAUUCUGCGAUAAGACGAGUCAGACAUGCGAAGAUCCUUGUUUGACUCAAUUAUGUGGCCUUUAUGCACUCUGCAAUGCUACUCGUCAUCAAGCCAUCUGCAUAUGUAUCAAUGGUUAUAUUGGAAAUGCUUAUACUCAGUGUUACGACAAAAAUCGGUGGCGAACCGAUUUCCCUAGGCCAGAGAUGGUUGUCAGUUGUUUGUCGGAUGGAGUGCAAGUUGAAAUACACCUUCACGAUCAGGAAUUCGACGGUGUCCUGUAUGUGAAAGGGCACAGCAAGGAUGAACAGUGCAGAAGGGUUGUCUCCAUUCCAGCAGAAACUAUGCACAAAACCGAGAUAUUCAAGGUGGCGUUUGGAAAUUGCGGACUGAUACAUGUAAAUGGACAAGCAAGCUUCGUACUGGUCAUACAAAAGCAUCCAAAAUUAAUGACAUACAAGACUCAAGCGUACCAUAUUAAAUGCAUAUAUCAAACUGGAGAACAAAACGUCACCCUCGGUUUCAACGUCUCGAUGUUAACUACAGCUGGUACCAUUGCCAACACUGGUCCUCCACCAGUCUGUCUAAUGAAGAUCGUUACUCAAAACGGAAAUGAAAUAAACUCUGCCGAAAUUGGAGAUAACUUGAUGUUGCAAGUCGAGGUUCAGCCUUCCACUAUUUACGGUGGAUUUGCUCGAAAUUGCGUGGCUAAAACGAUGGAAGACAACUUGGAGAAUGAGUACAUCGUAACAGAUGAAAACGGCUGUGCGACAGAUCCAACGAUAUUCGGAGAAUGGGAGCAGAAUCCUGAAACUCAAACGUUAAUGGCCAGCUUUAAUGCUUUCAAAUUCCCAAGUAGCGACAAUAUUCGAUUCCAGUGCAAUAUUCGCGUGUGCUUUGGACGCUGUCAACCUGUCAAUUGUCGAGGAUACAAUGCUUUCGGUCGUCGCCGUCGAGACGUGAGUUCCGAGACAAAUGAUACGUCCUUAAGUGUCACGGACAACUUCGAAGGGCAACUUCGAGAAGAAAUAACGAUCCAGUCGAAUCUUAUAUUCACUCUGGAGAGGAGAGAAGAAAGGUUCACAGCAGAUCCAGCUGAAAUUACUUCAGCUCAGAAAGUGGAAGACAUUUGCGUUUCUAUGGUCGGCUUUGUGAUAGCGCUAGUAAUUACGGCACUCUUGGCAUUAGUUGCUGUAGCUAUUGCUGUAUCGUGCUGGCUAAUGGCGUAUCGUCGUCAGCCAAAGACUGCUGGACCACUGCCACACCCACCAGAGUUCCCAAAUCCAUUGUUCACUACCGAAUCUGUAGCUGAACCAUCUCCUGACUAUCACCUAUCAUAAUUACUCUAGGAUAAUUAUUAUUUUAUAACUUAAUUUUUUAAUUCUCAAUGAAAUGCAGUACAGACCAUAUUACUCUUUUCUUUUUCUUCUUGUAUGGUCAGUCAUGUAUUUCUUUUAACGACUCCUCCAGUGACUAGAAUCUUUCCUCUCGAGGGUUCAUACCGAGCGUAUUACACGUUCAAUCGAUACAUACGAGCACUCUGAAUCGAGUUAUACAUAUAAAUAUAUAUAUAGUUAGAUAGAAACAGAACGUGUACGAGAGAGAAACGUUUACUAUUUAUGGUGAUGGUUUGCUUCCAUUAUCUACACAAUUUGAUAAAACUCUGUCUUCCGUCGUAUUCUCUUGUCUUUAACUUUAUUCUCCUCUUCCUGUAGUCACUGGAAGAUUUGUCAAGCGUAACACAGCGAAUUUAAUUCCCGUGUAAAGUCGAACGAAUUAGUCUAAUAUAGCUUUCUUACUUCGUGUGUAGGUAACUGUACAUUUUAUCUAAUAAAAUGCUAAUGUAAUAUUUUUAAAAUAAUCUUAUUUAUUACACCAUAUUUUUUUGGAUGAAAAAGAACAUAGCAAAACACAUGCUAAAAGUAGUCAUAUCAAAAUAUUGUUAAAAGUGUUAUACACUUUUAUAAUUAUAUAUUUCCGCAAAAUUUACAUAAUUUACAAAAGAUGGACGAUAGCCGAUAUCUUAGUAGAUAAUAUUUCAUAUUAUCACUUACAUCGCUUAAAUUAUGUUUUUUUAAUAAACAGAUCUGAUGCAAUUAUUAAAUGAUUCUAAUAAUCUUUGAACGCAGAAAUUCGAUCAUAAUCAACAUUUAAUUUGCUAAUAAGAAUGUAACUAUUUAUAACAAGUUACAGAAAACAUGAUUAUUCAAAAUCUUAGUUUAUCCCGAGAAUGUCUGUAAUAUCAAGUCAUUUACGUUAAAUUGUUUUGUAUGUUUAGUUGUACUGAAUCAUUUCUCAUAUAUUUACUAGUAAUUCAAGUCAUCAUGCAACUUUGAUUUUUCCAUGAAAAACGGGAGAGAGACGAAUCAAAAUUCCUACAUAGAUAACGCAUGUAUGUAGGAACAAUUAUCCUUUGAUAACUGCGAUUGGUCUUAAUUUUAUACAUUUCCGAGAAAUGCCUGCAGCAUGACAUGUAUUUACGACAUCCGUUACAUUUUUGUAAGACUCUGGUGCUUCUUCCAUAACUAAUUUAGGUGAAGCGACUCUAAUCGAUAUUCCUUGUCGUUCUAAUUUCUCUAAUACGUCAGUGUAAUCUAAAUUUCUACGUGACUUAGCUCUGGAAAAAGAAAAGACUUACUGCCCCGUGACACGUGGAUCCAAAUGUUUCUUUCAUAGCCUGUUCAGUUCCGGUAAGAACAUAACUACAAGUUCCCAUAGUACCACCAAUUAAAACAGGUUGACCUGUUAAUUGGUAAUCUACAGGAAUCAAGGGAUGAUGAGGUGGAAAUGCUCUUGUAGAUCCCUUUCUAUGUACUAGAAGGGUUUUCUGUUUUCCUUCGAUCAUAUGUUCCUCUAUUUUUGCAAUAUUAUGAGAAACAUCGUAUAUAACAUGCAUAUCUAAAUCAUCGGGAGAUUGCUGGAAUUGUUUGGCAAAUGCUUGUCGACUGAGGAAUGUCAUAGAGCUUCUAUUAACCCAUGCAAAAUUCGCGGCAGCAGCCAUAGCUUUCAAAUAAUCUUGACCUUCUUGAGAUUUUAUAUGAGCGCAAGCUAACUGCCUAUCAUUAGUUUCGAUAUUAUCUCGUUUCAUGGCUUUCUCCAUUUGUACAAGGGCAUCUAUUGCAACUUGAUGCCCAAAUCCUCUGCUACCAGAAUGAAUCAUCACACAAAUUUGACCCUUCUCUUCAAUACCCAUUUUACAUGCUGCCCAUUUGUCAUAAAUUUCAUCUACCACUUGAAUUUCUGCAUAGUGGUUUCCAGCGCCUAAUGUUCCUAGCUGUGGAAGUCCACGUUUUUUAGCUCUCAUUGAUACUUUAGAAGAAUCUGCAUUAAGCAUUCUACCAUAUUCCUCGCAAUGUUCCUUAUCUUCUGCCCAGAUAUAACCUUCUCUCAGAGACCAAUCCAUUCCCAUUUCCAAAGCUUCUUCUAAAUCCCUUGCAUUCAUAGGUAUGAUUCCUUUUGAACCUACACCAACAGGAAUAUGAUCAAACAUGCUCUGGGCAAGUUGCUCCUGGAAAACAGGUAAAAUAUCCUCCUCAAACAGAUUAGUUCUUAAUAAACGUACUCCACAAUUUAUAUCAAAUCCUACUCCACCAGGUGAUACUAUAGAUUUUGGAUCAUUCAUAUCAAAUGCUGCCAUAUUACCAAUGGCAAAACCAUAUCCAGAAUGUACAUCGGGCAAUCCGACAGACCUCCAAACGAUUCCAGGAAGAGCAGCAACAUUGGCAAUUUGUUUCAUACCAGGGAGAAAGCCACCUACUGCUCCUGGUCUGCACGCAUUUUUUAAUUCAUCAAACAUUAAACGUUCCAAACUAUUAUUUACAUAAAAAACACCUUCAACCUGUGAAAUUAGGUUGGAAACCUUUUUUUAUCCUCCAACAUGUUUCAGUUAUCUUUUCCAAAUAUUUUAUUUCUUCCUGAUACUGUCUAACUACCAUUUUUUAUUAUAAUAAAUUACUAUUCAAAAACAAAAGAGAAAAUUAUUUUAUCUAAGCUUUAAUAUUAAUUAUAUUUUGAAACAAGGAAUAAUUUCUUACAAUUGUACUAAAUACAGAGAAAUUAGGAUUAUAGGACUAACCACAAUAUUUAUCACCGGUAAUACAAAGAACAGAUUAACACCUUUAACCGGUUAGUUAUUGUAUGAUGUAAACCUAACAUCAGUGUUACAAACUUAUAUAUACAAAUGUGACUUUCGUGUUGUCAUUUGAAAAAUGUUUCUCAAUUGAAGUUUUGUUUUCAACAAUAUAUAAUAUAUGUAUAAUCCUUGUGUUUUUGUACAAUAUGAACUUGAUACAAGUUUAAUAAUUUCUAGUGAAAUAAAAAAUAUUCAAGUAAAAGUAUAUAAAAACGAAUUACUCUUAAUAAUAAAGAACAUUGUAUAUAUAAUGUCGUAUUUUAUUCUUAUUUUAAAUAUAUUUUUAAAUAUUCUUACGAUGUCUUUACGUAAUAAUUGAAAAAGUUGGUAUCAUGAAGGUAAUGUAGCACAAAGGAUAUGUGUGAAUUGUAAAAAUGGCUACUCCUGUAACAUCAAAUUUAAAACAAGUAAAAUCAAUUUUAUCACUGACUCACAUAGAAGCUCAUAGGAGAGUAAUAACAUUAUAUAAAACAUGGUACCGUCAAAUUCCAUUUAUUAAAGCUAAUUAUAUUAUCCCAGUAUCAAAAGAGGAGUGUCAGCAAAAAUUGCGAGAAGAAUUUUAUCGUCAUGCUAAUGUACGUGAUUUAAGAGUAAUUGAUAUGUUACUUGUUAAGGGGCAAAUGGAACUUCAGGAAGUUUGUGCUCAAUGGAAACCAGAUGGAACAUUCAUGCGUUAUUGGAAAGAAACUGAAGAACCAAAGCCAAAGGAUUUUAUGUCAAAGUUUUUGUCAGGUCAUGAAUAAAAUAUUCUUUUUAGUAUAUUUGUAAAUUAUAUAGUAUAAUUAAAUAGGUACAAUAUGUGUAUAUUGUUUGGUCAUUUACUUGAAAAGUAAAUAUAUUAGAAAGGAAGAGAAUGUAUAUUUUUCUAUUAAAAAAUCGAAUUAUACAACAUUUCAAAAGAUGAAUCUUUAAUCAGCUCUUAUAGAAGAUAAUAUUUCUUUUAAUUUACACUUUAUCUUUACAUCUAUAUAUUAUUAUUCACUUAUAUACAUUUGACAAGAUGAUAUAUUACUAAGCACCUUAGGUACAAUCUAGUUCACUUUUCACAGCCAUACGGAUAAUUUGCUUUCCUUCAGUGAACAAGUAUCGAAAUUGUACAUACAUACACAUAUAUACAUACAUACAUAUGUUUUAAACGAGUGUAUUGCGUAAAUGUAUACUUGCAACUAUGCACAUUCUUCUUCUUUUUUUUGUAUUAAAACCGGAAUCGUUUGUGCUACACCUUGAGAUAAACUCUCUUACAUGAUUUCUGUAUUUGUAUAUACUUUGGUUAGAAUUAUUUUUAUAAAAGUCAUUCUAGUUUUAUUAUAUUCUCAGAUUAAAA